UACACGCGUCUUCCCCUUUUUUGUACUUUGUCUCAUCUCCUCUACACACUCCUUGCUGACAUUUCAGCUGUGGCUGUCAACGGGAAGCUAUCUCGCACAGAGUGAAAAAGUUAAACAGUGAAUACAGAGAAAACGCUCUUGCAGUCAGAAGCUGUUGUAUUGGCUGAUAAUUAACUAAUUUACUGAUCAUUUGGAAGGACCACGUGGGACUAUACAGGCUUGGCUGGAUGUCAGCAACUAUGAAGAGUCUCUUCUGAAGCCCGUUCUGUGACCUUCCUGGACUGAACUCUGCCAAAUCUGAAGCAGCUCUGGAAUGUGUCUGAAACUCUUCACCUGGACUGGACAGCUUUCUUUUACAAACAAGAGACACAUCUUACAAAAAAACGACAGGUGAAUUUCAAACCAGGAAAGUGGCAGAAAAACCAAAGGGACAAUGAACACCACAGCCACGCCAUCAGGUCACACCACAGCCGGGCCAUCAGGUCACACCACAGCAUCACCUGGAGAUUGUGUUGAAAUCGGAAAAAGCUUCAUGAGUGACUUGCUGAUGACUGUUUACAUCGUGGCUUUCAUCCUCGGUUUGAUCUUCAAUGUGCUGACCCUGGGCCCCAUUGUCCAACAAGUGAAGCGGCAAAACAUUUUGGGAAUCUACCUGCUCAGCCUGUCUAUUUCUGACAUACUUUUUAUCUUCACGAUGCCCCUUUGGAUCAAUUAUUACCGGCAGGACCACAAGUGGCAGCUGGGUCCUAUGUCCUGCAGUGUAGCUGGUUUCUUCUACUACUCCAACAUGUACGUCAGCAUCUACCUGCUCUGCUGUAUCUCUGUGGACCGCUGCCUGGUGGUCAGCUUCCCACUGCAUUUCAAGACCCAGCGUACACCUCGCUACGCUUGGGCGCAGUGCGUCAUUGUUUAUGUUGUGGUGAUGGCGCUGCACGUCAUAGUGCUGUACUUUGACGACCUCACAGAUGCCCAUGACGAAGUGAAAGGCAAUGACCGUUGUUAUGAGACUUUCCCCAUGAAGCCGCCUAUUGCCAUGUUCAAUAUGAUCAGAGUGGGCGUCGGCUUCUUCCUACCCCUGCUAGUGUUGGCGGUGAGCUACUGGAGGGUGCUGGCCACUGUGGGCCAAAGUCCUGGCCUGAGCGCUCAGGCUAAGAGGAAGGUCCGCCUGCUCUCCUUUGGGGUGAUUGGGAUCUUUUCAGUUUGCUUUGCUCCAUAUCACAUCCUCUUGCUCGCGCGCUCACUAGCCUUCUACAACAGCGAGAACACAGAUCCUAAAGGAAGUUACUGCGAGUUUGAGCAAAAAAUGCACUUCUUCUUCUCAUGUACACUGGCACUGUCCAGUCUGAACUGCGUGGUGGACCCGGUGCUGUACGUGCUGGUCAGUAACAUAGUCCAAGAGAAGAUGAAACUGUGCUGGAAAAAGCAACGACAGACAAGGACGGAGGACUGUGCUCUAACUGCAUACAACACAGGAAAGCCUAAUAGUAAUUUAAUAUGAAAACAUUUGCUGUUUGUGGUAGACAAGUGUGCAUUUGUAUGCAUGUUCGUAUGUGUAUCUGCAUACAUAUACAUUGUUAUGCAUAAUACUAUUGCUUUUUAAACACAAGUCUUCAUCUCCAGACUUAGCCAGUCAGUAGAAGGGUUAUUAUAUUCCAUAAUCAACCCUUUGUGUGUGGACAGGCAUCCUUUGAGAAACAAGCUGCCGCAUUAUUUUUCUGUCCUUUUUCUCCAUCACAUCCUGCUCAGUGUGGAGGAGAGGGCUGAACAAUGCGUGCAUCUCAGAGCUAGGUAAUUGGAUUGUCGUCCCAGGUUCUGUUCUCCUGAGAGUACUUCAACGGUAGCCACUUCUGGUUUGUUGUUGGGCAUCGCUGGAGUUGAAGAGCCCUUAUGUCUCCCUUCCAAUCUAUACAAUGAUUGUGUGAUUGGGUGACCCUGACAUAGUUAAAUGUGCAUUAACUCUAAAGUAUGCCACAGAAAGCCUUUAUUAGCAUGCUCGUGAGUCGACAGUGUCAGAAUGUCAGCGAGGCGUGGUGAAUGGGAAACCAAAUAAAUCAGUGGUUUGAACAGAUGCCCUCGUGUGUUUUUAGGCAGGGAAUGAGUGAUGAUCAUGUUUUGCUGGUGACAUUUACAGCGUGAGGAGGGUUUAACGCAUGAUAAGUCCGUGCAUCCAAGCACCUGGCAGUUAGCUUCACACAUAAAGGUGAUUAAACGUGAAGUCAACGCGGCUGUGUGACACACGUCUGGUAGGUCGGUGAAAAGAGCAAUCAGCAGGCAUGUGCAUGUGUGUGACAAAGAGAGAUGGAGGGUUUACUUACAUUCAUACAUUCUGAUAUUUGAAAGGCCUGUAAACUUUCUGUAAAUGUAAUGAACAAUAUACAGACAAGAAAGAAAGAAAGAAUGAAUGAACAUCAGUAUUUUUUCUAUUAUUUAUAAAGUGUACAUGUCAUAAAGCUAGUGUGAGGAUGUUGAGGCUUCUACACCCACAACUCUUUUUUCUGACAUUUUUACUGCUCAGUCUGAAUUGUGUGUGGUUUCUGUGCUCUGAAAAUAACUAAACUACUUCCGUGCUAUAUGUGAUGUACGUUAAUAGAAAUGUACUUGCUGCCUCUGUUGUGACCACUGGCAACACUUGUUUUUCCACUAUAUGAUGCAAACGUUGUAAAGAAACAAGUGAAAUAUGCCAUGUGUUUUGCUGUUCAGUAUGAAAACUUUGUAACCUCAUUAAAAUGUUCCCUUAUUAAGUUAAUA